AGCGGCUGAGGGAGCGCGAGCGGCGCGGUGGGGGGGCCUGUCGGCGACAGCGGCGACAGCGGCGAUAGGAGCGGAGACAGCGACAGCGGCGGGUCCCAGCGCCUCGCGGCUCGGCGCUCCCCUGCUACCCUCGGCGCCGGGUGGCCCCGGCCCGCGGCGGCGGUGCUGACAGCCCGCCCGGAGCCCCGGGGGCGGCCGCGGCCACCAUGUCGUCCCCCAGCCCGGGCAAGAGGCGGAUGGACACCGACGUGGUCAAGCUGAUCGAGAGCAAACACGAAGUCACAAUCUUAGGAGGACUCAACGAAUUUGUCGUGAAGUUUUAUGGACCACAAGGAACACCGUAUGAAGGUGGAGUAUGGAAAGUUAGAGUCGACCUUCCUGACAAAUACCCCUUCAAAUCCCCAUCUAUAGGAUUCAUGAAUAAAAUCUUCCAUCCCAACAUUGACGAAGCGUCAGGAACUGUAUGUCUAGAUGUAAUCAAUCAAACUUGGACAGCUCUCUAUGAUCUCACCAAUAUAUUUGAGUCGUUCCUGCCCCAGCUGCUGGCUUAUCCCAAUCCUAUAGAUCCUCUAAAUGGUGAUGCUGCAGCCAUGUACCUCCACCGACCAGAAGAGUACAAACAGAAAAUUAAAGAAUACAUCCAGAAAUAUGCAACAGAAGAAGCACUAAAAGAACAGGAAGAAGGCACCGGGGACAGCUCAUCCGAGAGCUCCAUGUCCGACUUCUCGGAAGAUGAGGCUCAGGAUAUGGAAUUGUAGUAGAGGAGGCCACCUGCUUUUCAGAGAGACUCUAAUUUCCUAACCAUGAGAAGCAGACUAUAAUAUUCAUAUUUAAACAAAGCAAUUUUUUUUAUUACUAAACAAGGUUUUUAUGAAUUAUAGCAUUGAUAUAUAUAUAUACAUAUAUAUAUAUCACCCUUUAGAUCUUGAUUUUCUCGGUCAUUUCCCGGUUUUUUCCCCGAGGUGCAUUAGAAUAUUCCCAACAUUCCAUUCUGGUAGCAAUAUGCGGCCCGGAUGCAUGCGUUGAGAUUUUUCCAUUUGGCCAAGUCUACUUUUGGUGUGCUACCAAACAGCUACCCUGGGAGGGAGGGAAUAACAAAAAAAAAAAAAAAAAAAAAGGCAAAAAAAAAAACCAGACAAAAAUCAGACAACAAAGAAAAAUCCAAACUAAACAGAAGGGGGGAAAAAAAAAAAAAAGAGGGAUUUGCUGUCGGAUCAAGGUUUCCACCUGGGAUGUUGGAGUCUAAAACCUUGGGGGUGUUAGAGCUGUGUAGGGAUGGAAGGGGCUCCUCUAGGUUGUGUUUUAAGAGAAAAAAAAGAGGGAUUUAACUAAAAAAAAACAAACAAAAAAAAAACAACAAAACAAUCCAAAUGCACGCAGCUCCUCAGAGCACCGAUGCUGGAAAACGCCUCGGAAUUUCAGUUCUUGCUGUGGACUCCUCCCUGCCCUCCCGAACUGUAGGGACUGACAACCACUGGUGGAUUCCCUUGGGGGACUUCGGAAAAGCUUUGGAUGUUGUUCCCUUUGCUUGGUCUGGAUUAAGAGCUGUUCCCUUGCUGGGAGGGAAGAACCACCCCGAACCCCACGGAUGAUGCUCUUGGAACUGGGAUUGACCCCGGAGCACGUGGAAGUCAAACUCUUCUUCCUCUGUCCCACUUUGGAACCUGCUGCCCUUGAACAGCUUCGAGUUGGCUUUGUUAUUGUUAUUAUUUUCUUUUUUUUCUAUUUCUUUCUUUCCCCUUCCCUCUUUUGCUGGAAAUCUGGUUCAGACACCUGACAAACACUCGCUGUGUCCUGGGAAUUUCUCUGACCAGAUGAUUGGCCUUGCCAGAGCUUCAGAUCCACGGAAUUGUCCCGUCGGCCGAAGUCCACGAAUCCAUCGGCACUGAUUUUGAUUUUCCUUUUUUUUUUUUUUUUUAAAUAUAUAUAUUUUUUUUAAAUCUUUCUUUCCUCUCCCCCUUCUGCACCAGCUUGGUUCCCAUCUGCUUGUGUGUGUACAACAGGAUAAAAAUUCCUUAAGAGUUAACAGAGAAUAUGAUCUAGGAAAAAAAAAAAAAAACACAAAAUUUGACCUGAAUAAAAAAAAAAAAGCCUAAAAAGCACCAACUGAGGAAGCAAAUGAAUUUGCUCUUUGUUUUUUUGUUGUUUGAUUUGGGUUUUUUUGUUUUGGUUUGGUUUUUUUCUCCAGAAUGUUUGGGAAUUGGAAUGUUGGAUUUUUCCUGGUGUCUUGCAGCAAGCUGAGAGAUUUUUUUUUUUUUUUUUUUUUGCUGUUGUUCCUAAGAAUCUGAUAAGUAAAUGUCUCCUUGGGAUACUUGAAUUGGGAUAAUUGUGCAACAGAGAUUCAAACUGAGAUGGAUUUUUAAAGCUGAAUGUUACCUGCUGUUUUCUUUUGGGGAUUUUUCGGAGGGGUUUGGACAAGAUGUUUUCAUUUGUGAUGUGACCUGCAGGGAAAAAAGAAAAAAAAAUCAACCCACCCUGAGCAACUCUGGAGCAGAGUUUUGAAUGUCAGACUGGUACAUUUGUCAUUUUCCCAGAAUUAUUGGGGUUUGUUUCCUUUUCCACCGAGUUGGGGCUGGGAGAUUCCAACCCCAUCGCUGACUCAUAAAGCACAAUCAGUUCCUUUUAUUUCUGUUACUUUUGGGGGGAGAAAACAAAAAACUCCAUCAAGUCCCACUUGGCUUUGGCAUGAUUUUCCUUAAUAAAAAACCUACCAUGA